AUGCCUAUCACCCAGAAGAUUCUGUCGCUCAGCGAUCUGGAGGCCGCGGCCAUGCCCUACGCCGAAAAGGCGCCUCGAGACUACUGGGAAACCGGAUCCAACGAUCUGCUGACUCUGGCAGAGAACCAAAACGCCUUCAACUACCUCAAGAUCCGGGCCCGAGCCAUGCGGGGCGUCGGCACCAUUGACAUCUCGCCCAAGGUGGAGCUGUUUGGCCGAAAGUUCCGUGCCCCCAUCGGUGUGGCCCCCUCAGCCUACCACCAGAUGGCGGAUGAUUCCGGCGAGUGUGGCACAGCUGCGGCUUGUCAGGCCCGAAACUGGCCCAUGGGACUUUCCUCUUUCUCCAACAAGCCUCUGGAGGAAGUCCGAGAGGCUGGACCUGAUGCAGCUCUCUUCUUCCAGCUCUACGUGUUCAAGAACAAGAAGACGUCAGAGAACCUGGUCAAGAAGGCCGAAAAGGCCGGCUUCAAGGCCAUUGCGCUGACCGUCGACACUCCCUACCUCGGAAACCGAUACGCCGACGUGCGAAACAACUUCAAGCUGCCAUCGCAUCUCUCUGCCCGAAACUUCGAGGGCACCACCGACCAGCCUAUUGACAACGCCGCCGAGGCCGACUCGUGGGCCCGAAAGAUCUUCAACGGCGAGGAGUGUCCCCCCGACGCCAACGUGGUCGACCCCGAUAUCAACUGGGCCGAAACCAUCCCUUGGCUGCGAUCCAUCACCAACAUGCAGAUCUGGGUCAAGGGAGUCGUGACUGCCGAGGACACCCAUGCCGCCAUUGAGGCCGGCGUGGACGGAAUCUGGGUCUCCAACCACGGUGGCCGACAGCUGGACUCCGGUCUGGCCACCAUUGACGCUCUCCCCGAGGUGGUCGAGGCCGCUGCUGGCCGAGUCCCCAUCCACAUUGACGGAGGCAUCCGACGAGGAGGAGACGUGUUCAAAUGCCUUGCUCUGGGCGCCGAUUUCGUGUGGCUGGGCCGACCUGCCAUCUGGGGUCUCAAGUACGACGGCCAGGCCGGCGUGGAGCUCAUGGAGCAGAUCAUCGAGGACGAUCUUAAGCUCACCAUGGCUCUGGCUGGCACCAAGACCGUGGCCGAGAUCAACCGAAGCUGUCUGGUUCGAAUCGGACCCGCCAUCGUCAAGCUUUAG